UGCGCCUCCAUCGCGUUAUCUUUUUCCAGUCAUCCUCGCUUUUUCUUAUCUCCCCGCUUCCCUCGCAUGCCCUUGCGUGAUGGCUCGUUGACCCGCCCAUCCCUUCUUUGUGUGACAGGAGAGCCACCUCUCUUGCGGGCUCGACUCAUUCACGGCUACGGCAUCCGAUGAACUACCAAUCCAUCACCAUGGCAGGCCAUGCCUCCGACGGCGACCGGCAACAGGAUGAACCAGCCCGAGAUGGCUCAUCGCCCAGAUCCUCAGUCGACCAUGAUGGACGGACAGCCUACGCCCAUAUUUCCCAGCCCUCCGCCACCUCCCCUCAGAGCUUCACCUCGCGAUCCUUGCUCGUCGGGUUGCUAAUCGGCGCUCUCAUCACCUUCUCCAAUACAUACUUCGGCCUGCAGACAGGAUGGAUCAGCACCAUGGCCAUGCCAUCCGCCCUGAUUGGGUUCUCCGUCUUCAAGGUCCUAUCGAAACAUUUAUCCUACCCUUUCACUCCCAUCGAAAAUGUUCUCAUACAAACGGUAGCAGGGGCGGUGGGGACCAUGCCGUUGGGUUGUGGAUUUGUUGGUGUCAUCCCCGCCUUGGAAUUUCUGAUCAAAGACGGAGAAGAUGGCCCCUCGGGAGAUGGCGGCACCGGAGAGGGCGGGCCUCUGAAGCUGAACUUUUGGAAGCUCGUGGUCUGGAGUCUGGGAGUCUGUCUGUUCGGGGUUGUUUUUGCCGUUCCUCUAAGAAAGGAGGUGAUUGUUCGGGAAAAGCUCAAGUUCCCGAGCGGAACAGCCUCGGCGCUGAUGUUGAGGGUGCUUCACGGAAGUGGACAGGGUGACGAGAAGGCCAAGGCGAGGGCGGGGGACGUUGAGGGUGUUCCACAACGUGAGGAAGUAUAUGAAGAGCCUGCUCUGGCUCAUGAACCCGGGGAAAGCGGGCCAUUGCUCAAGAAGACUGACUCCAGUCAUUUGGACAAUGACCAAAAGGACUGGAGAUCCAAGAUGCGCCUCCUGGUGGGCGCCUUCGCGGUUUCCGGUUUUUAUACCCUCUUCUCGUACUUCGUCCCGCAAGUCCGUGAUAUCCCUAUCUUAGGUCUGUACCUGGCCAAAAACUGGCUCUGGACCCUGAACCCGUCUCCCGCAUAUGUUGGCCAGGGGAUCAUCAUGGGUCCCUCGACCUGUAUGCACAUGCUCUUUGGUGCGUUUCUGGGAUGGGGGAUUCUUUCGCCGCUUGCGAAGGCUCGUGGCUGGGCCCCUGGUCCUGUGGACAGCUGGGAAGAUGGAAGCAAGGCUUGGAUUGUUUGGAUUUCGCUAGCCAUCAUGCUUGCGGACUCUCUUGUCAGCCUCGGUUGGCUGGUGGUAAGGCCGCUUGUACCCCGUGCAUCAAAGAUGAAAGACAAGCUUCUCCGCAGUCGUGCCGGGCAACGGGUUAUCUCUGGAGGAUCCGCGUCUUCCAACCUCCAUUUGUACAUCACCUACUCCGCCCUGAGCCCCAUUACCGAAGAAUCUUCCAUCCCAAGCCAUGCCGUCCCUUCCAUCGGGAGACGCAGCGCAAAUGACAACGACGACGAUGAUGAAGAUGCCCCUCCCUCCCAACUUAUAUCCACCCGUACAGUCAUCAUCCUACUCCCCUUGACUCUGAUCUUGAACGUCGUGUGUAUGCACAUUGUCUUUGGCGACAUCAUGUCCCCCCUGCUGUCCAGUCUCGCCACCUUCCUGGCAGUCCUUCUCUCCAUCAUGGGCGUACGUGCUCUUGGUGAAACCGACCUGAAUCCCGUCUCCGGGAUCAGCAAACUGACUCAACUGCUCUUCUCCCUGGCAACCCCUGCCUCUCACUUCUCUCGCCGCACCGCCCUUGUCACCAACCUCCUCGCGGGUGCCGUAUCUGAGUCCGGCGCCCUCCAAGCCGGAGACAUGAUGCAAGACCUCAAAACCGGCCAUCUCCUAGGCGCUAGCCCCAAGGCCCAGUUCUACGGCCAAAUUAUAGGCAGUCUCGUGGGCGCGGUGCUCUCCACCGCCGUCUACAAGAUGUAUGUCAGCGUCUACGAAGUACCCGGCCCCAUGUUCCAGACCCCUACUGCAUACGUCUGGAUCUUCACAGCCCGUCUCGUCACUGGCCAAGGCCUCCCCCCAAUGGCCUGGCAGGCAUCUCUGAUCGCCGGCAUAAUAUUCGUAGCCAUAACUAUCCUUCGCCUUGUCGCCGCAUCCCCCAUCGCCAACGGCGGCCGCAAAGACGUGUCCGCCCCUUGGCGAGACUGGAUCCCAGGCGGCAUCGCCGUCGCCGUCGGGAUCUUCAACGUCCCUUCCUUCACAUUAGCCCGCGCCAUCGGCGGCCUAAUCGCCUGGUGGUGGUCCCAACGACACGCAGCAAAGUCCGCUGCGGCGGCCUCAGACUCCGCUGCCGCCACUGGCGAUGUGGACGUGCAGACGAACCUAUCCGAGUCCUGGACUGCGGCUCAAGCCGGAGGAACACCAGCCCCAGGACAAGCCAUCAAGGAAGCGAAUGCGGAUGCCGCGUCCUCGACGGUUGUGGUCCUCGCCUCGGGGUUGAUCCUCGGUGAGGGGAUAAUCAGUAUUGUGAACUUGCUUCUGGCGAGUGGAGGUGUUCCGCAUCUUUGAUGCAGAAUGAAAAAGUAGGGCCGGUGUAUAGAUUAGAUUAGAUCUCCUAUUGGUUGGAUGGUUGAUAGUGAGUUGUCAUUACUAGUAUUAUAGUAAGGAGAUCAUGUGAAUAAAAUGUAGAGUUCUGUCUAUGUGCUUGGCGUAGGUAGCCCUGGGAAGAAUUAGGCCGUGGACUAACUACUACGUUGUAGUGUUCUGACUAGUGGUAUCUAG